UCCAUGAGUGAAAAGAAAACUUUACUUUGUUUAUAAUUUGUUCCAAUCAUCGAUUUAGGCAAGGUCUGCUGUGCCGGAGGGCGGAGCGCCAUGCGCGGCAGGCCCCCGCGCGGCCGUCUGGCGGUCGGCGCCACGGCCGCUUUGCUGGCCGCCGCCGCCUUGGGCGCAGCCCUCGCCUGGAACCAGAUCUUUGAUGCUGCACUCAGCGCUCAAAUGGUGAUGAGUCCAACAUCCCGGACAUUUCGAGAAUGGGUUGAACCGACUAUACCACUUUACUUCGACGUCUACCUCUUCAACUGGACUAAUGCUGAUCAGUUUCCGGAAGAGAUACCGAACUUACAGGAAGUAGGUCCUUACCGUUUCCGUGAGCAAAGACGUCACGUGAACGUGUCGUGGCAUCCCCACAACGGAUCUGUGUCGUACCGCACGCAGCGCAGCUGGCACUUCGACGAGACGAGCAACGGUACACUCGAAGACAAUAUUACUACUCUCAAUAUUAUAGCUGCGUCAGCAGUAUACAGAUCAAGAGACUGGGGCUUCUUAAGACAGAAGGGUCUAGCUAUGGGGCUGGCCAUGUUCGGCCAUCACGUGUCUAUAUCGAAGCUGGCAACAGAGCUGCUGUUUGAGGGUUACGAUGACCCCCUACUGGACCUGGCCAAGAACUUACCAGCGAGCGCCACGGGAGGAGCACCCCCUGUCGACAAGUUUGGACUAUUUUACGGCAGGAACAACUCACUGGACACAGACGGAUACAUGGAGGUGUCGACGGGCGCUGGGGGUGCGGCGGGCUCAUUGCCCGGUCAGAUCCUCAAGUGGAACUACGAGGACCAUCUGCCCUUCUACAGCGGACAAUGCUCAAAGUUGUCAGGUAGCGCGGGCGAGUUCAUGAGACGCGACCUGUCUGAGCAGUCGGGGCUGGAGCUGUUCCUGCCAGAUUUAUGCCGCACAGUGCUGCUGGAGCACACCGGCAGCGGCGUCCACGACAGCCUCGCUUAUAACAAGUACGAGCUCACUGAGUCCAGCUUCGACAACUCUUCAUCAUCGCCGGAGAACUCAUGUUUCUGUAACGGGGAGUGCGCGUGGGGCGGUGUCAUGAAUGUGUCAUCUUGCCGCUACGGCUCACCCUCGUUCCUCUCGCUGCCACACUUCCUGCACGGAGACCCCAGACUCCUCGAACUCGUCACCGGACUCGAACCAGAUCCCGACAAGCACUCCUUCUACUUCGCCGUGGAACCGAAAUUGGGUGUUCCAUUGGAGGUGUCAGCAAGAUUCCAGCUCAACAUCUGGAUUGAACCGACUCAGAAUAUAGAAUUAUUCGAGAAGGUACCGAAGAUGCUAUUUCCUAUCUUCUGGGUAGAACAGAAGGUGUACGUAGAAGAAAGGGUACUAUCCGAGCUGCGGAUAGUGCGUGCUAUCCUCGAUUGGGGUGGCGCGGUGUGCGCCGGCGUCACUCUGUUUUUCACUGUACUCGCUGUUAAAGUGCUGUGCUGUAAGAAGAAACAAAAAUAUUCAAGGAUUCACCGAGAUACAAACGAAACGCGUAAUCUCAAACCGAAAUCUGCGAGAUCAGUUACACAAAGAAAGAGCAAAAACUUUCGCAGAAGGAAAAUUUCUCAUCUUAAAAAAUAAAAAGACCCAGCGAAGUGAUCUCCGAAAAACCGAAAGAGGAAGAAAUGUUAAAAUUAAAUCCGUUAUAGAAUCAA